GAUUCUUAUCGAUACAUGCAUAUAAGAGUUACCCUUACCAGUGUUACCACAUGGUAACUGCAGAGAGGAUAAAAUGGCGUUAAUCGUUCCCUGCGUGGCCAUAAGAGGGUCCACUGGCAUAAGUAUAUCCCAGGGCCCACCAACCUACGAGCCAGUGUCAGCCUUUGUGAAAGAUGACAGCAAAGGAUGCAAGGCUAUGGUAUUCAGCCCACAGGGCCGUUACUUUGCUUGGGUUAAUGGGUUUACAGUCAAGAUUGUUCUCUGUGAGACAUGGCAGGUUGUCGCGGAAAUCGCCAGGCCCAAGGUGCAAAGCAUCCAAUUUUCACCUAAAGAUACUUAUUUCAUGACUUGGGAACCAUUUAUCGUCUCUCAGGCCAAUCCUCAAGGCAGUCCUAAUCUUAACUUGUAUGAUCCAAAAACUGGAAACCUAGUGAAAAGUUUUAUUUAUAAGAAACAAAUUGACUGGGCACCACAGUGGUCAAGUGAUGAGAAGAUCUGUGGUAUGUUAGUUAAUAAUGAUGUUGUGCUGUAUGAGGAUUCCAAUUUUGAUGUAGUUUUACAUAGGAUAAAUGUAGCUAAGGUUGCUAAGUUUAGCAUAGCUCCAGGUGGUGCUCCAUAUCAUGUUCUCUGUUAUAUGCCAGGAAAAUCUGGCCAGCCAUCCUUUGGUAGACUAUUUCAAUAUCCUAAAUUCCAGGCAAGCCAAGCAAUUGCAAAUAAAAGUUUCUUUCAGGAUGACAGAGUAGAAUUUUAUUGGAAUACUCAAGGAACUAGUGUACUGUUGCUUACAAGUACUGAUGUUGACAAGACUGGAGCUUCCUACUAUGGCAAGCAAACUUUGCAUUAUCUUGACACCAAGGGCCAGACUGCACUUGUUAUGCUGAGUAAAGAGGGCCCUAUUCAUGCUGUUCAGUGGUCUCCUAAGCAAACGGAAUUUUUAGUUAUUUAUGGAUUUAUGCCUUCAAAAGCAACAUUAUUUAAUCUCAAAUGCGAGGCAGUGUUCGAAUUUGGCACCAAGCAUAGAAAUGCUAUUUACUACAACCCUCAUGGAAACAUUGUGAUUUUGACUGGCUUUGGUAAUUUGAGAGGAGGAAUUGAAUUGUGGGACAUAGCUAACAAAAAGAUGAUUGCAACUUCGGAAGCUCCAGAUACCACUUUAUUGGAAUGGUCACCUGAUGGUGAACACUACAUAACUGCUACUACAGCACCAAGACUUAGGAUGAGUAAUGGGUUUAAAAUUUUCCAUUAUACUGGAACAUUAUUGUAUGAGCGGCCGUGGAACAAGCAAGAAGAAUUGUGGGAAGUUUUAUGGCAGAGAUUCCCUCCAAAUACUUUUAAAGAAAAGCCUAUAAGUUAUAAAGCAGUUGAGGGAAUUGCACCUAGUCAACCACAAGCUUCUAAACAAGUAUACCGACCUCCAUCUGCAAGAGGACAAACUAUCAAAUUCAGUUUACAUGAUGAUGAAGAUGACUCCAAGCCAACUGAAUCAAAUCCAUCCAAGAAUUCUCUUAAAAUUAAGAAAAAACGCGAAGCCAAGAAAGCUAAGAAAGAACAAGAGGCUGCAUUACAAGCGCAAACCGGCAAUGUGACUUCUAAUGGGCAAACAAAUAGCACUGCUCCUAAAACUACUAAUGCUACUUCUUCUGCUAAAGAUGAUCUCACGGAUGACCCCGAAAAGAACAAGAAGAUCAGGAAGAUCAAGAGUAAAUUGGAGCAAAUAUCCAAACUCAAAGAACAGCAAAUACAGGGUAAACAAUUAGAAAUUAAUCAACUUGAUAAAAUUAAAAAAGAAGCUGAACUCAUCAAGGAGUUGGAAGAAUUAUAUUUAUGAUCCUUGAUUCAGUGUAUGAUUCUUACUGCUUACUUGCUCCUGACAACACAGUACCAGGUGAUUUUGAAAAAUCGGUAAUAUCCUGGGCCAAUCGCACCUUCACGACUGCUCAAACUUGAAUCGUGCAUUCAAGAUUCGUUAUUGUGACUCGAAAUCUUUUAGGCAAUUGCCGAUAUAAAAUGAUGGUGCACAAAAACAAUUAAUUGAUAGUGAUAUUACCGAACACUCGGGGAAUAAUUGAUGUAAUCGAUUCAUCACUAUUUCCAUGACGAUCAAGUUUAUCUUUUAAUAUUCAUUAAAAAGAAAAAAACUUCCAAAAGAUUAAAGUACACGUUACAGACACAAGUGAAAAGGCAUUUCAAGUGUAGCCCAGCACAACUGUAAAAUUUGCUAUACGCGAAAUCUUGUUCUUUCAAGUACUAACUUGAACAUAAGAAUUGUAAAUAUAUUUACCCUCUGUGUUCAUUUGUAAUACACCUUUUCACAUUGUUGAUACAUUUCUAUAAAAUUUGCGAUUGUCUGAGUGAACUGUUCUCAUUAGGUUGGUGUUUCUGAAUUGAAUUUUUCUUUCUCUUACAAUGGGUUUUCUUGAGUGGAACUUGAUGAUAAUAACUAUUUAUAAUUGCGAUCCAAGUGUUUUGCUUUAAACCGAGCGACGUUGAUUACUUAUACACUUAACUCUCUGUACUUUUAAAGAUGAAUAUUGACUAAAACUCUAUAGACAAAAACAAACAAACAAACAAAAAGUUAUAUAUACGACUAUAUAUAUAAAGCCAUUUUAUUAAAAAA